GCUUCCACUGCUGUUCAAUCACGACACUCCUGGCCUCAUCUAUCCAACCUUCGCCACCUCCGCUGAAGCAAAGGGCCUUCAACACCUUCUCCAUUGCUUGUUGCAGCCCAGUCCACCGGUCCGACAGGUUGGAAAUGGCGCGCCGAACCCCUACCAAGCGAGCGGCGAAGACGUACGAACGGCCCGGGCUGUCGGAGGAGGAGAUCGAGGAGAUCAGGGAGGCGUUCAACCUGUUCGACACGGAUGGGUCGGGCACGAUCGACCCCAAGGAGCUCAAGGCGGCGAUGCAGUCCCUGGGAUUCGAGGCUAAGAACCAGACCAUCUACCAGAUGAUCAGUGACAUCGACAAGGACGGCUCCGGUUCGAUCGACUUCGAGGAGUUUCUCAACAUGAUGACGGCCAAGAUGAGCGACAAGGACACGCGGGAAGACAUCAACAAGGUGUUCAACCUCUUCGACGACGACCAAACGGGACACAUUACCCUCAGGAAUCUCAAGCGCGUGGCGAAGGAGUUGGGGGAGACGAUGUCAGACGCGGAGUUGCUGGAGAUGAUCGAGCGAGCAGACACGGACCAGGACGGAGAGAUCAGCGCAGAAGAGUUCUACUCCAUCAUGACCAAGAAAACCUUCACAUAAUUGUUUGUUUUACGCAUUGUGUUUCGUUUACUCGCUAUUUCACCGUUGUUACCUCUGCUUUUCAGUGCCAUGAUUGUAUACAGAGCGCGAAUAUGUAGCAUAGGGUCAUUCCUCUGCAGUAUAGCGUUUCGUGCAGAAUAAUAACUUGUUCGCAACGACGAAAUUUGCCGUUGCUGUGUAUGCGUUUGCUGAAAAAUAAGUUGAAAACGGCGGUAGGUAGGAGCUUGAGGAGAAAGUCCCAUCAUUGGCAGCCAUGGAGGAGAGAAAAGGGGUUAAGCCGGCUCGCUGUACGUCCAUGCCACUUGUCUUGUAUUUCAGGCGCCGAAAAGCAGCGAGAGACCCAGUCAAGGGCCGCCUCGAACUUGGGCAAUUGCUUCCUUGGUUUUCGAUUGGGGACGGCCGGGUCUUUUUUGCAGUCAAAAUGCCAUAUCGAUUCCACCUGUGUACAUAGGCUGUAGUUGUUCGCCUGGGGUUGUCCACACGCGUCUUGAUCGCCGAGUACAAACGAAUUCGAUCCCUGUCGACAGGGUGCAACUAUUUUUUUGCUGGGAUUCUUUUUUUGGGAGCGGCCGCCGGUGGACGCCGCUUCUUCUGUUGAUUAUCGGUUGUUGCCAGGCUUACACUAUUCGCCACCCCACCUUCUUGAAGCGGGGGGGGCAACCAUCGUGCCCCGGCAAACGAUGGAGGAGUGCCGGGCGGACAGCAGUGUUGAGUGUGGUAGCGGUGUCCUUGCCCGUACUCUGCACCUGGGUGUGUCCAGCGAACAUUCAACCGUGUGCUUUUCCCACGUGUUUUUUUGUGCGCACAGAAGAGAGUAUUUCUGCUUGAUGGGCUUUACCGCUGCUUUCGCCAAUCGGAACGACCGCGUACAUGUGUCGUGUUUGGAAUGGUGGGCGGUCCCGAUGUUCUGCACCAAACGCUCUUGGCCCGCGUACUAGUUCUCGACCGUUACAUUGCCCAAUCGGAAUGGCGGGGCGUCCCGCAACAGCAG